AUGAACUAAAAUAGACUAACAUAUGAUAUAUAAAGAAGAAAGGAAAGAAUGACUAAUCACUUCUUAGAGUAGUAAUAAUUUCAAGAUUUUACCAAACCUGAAAACCCAAUUAAAAUUUUAAAUCCAAAUAAGGCUCCUUAACAAUUAGAAUCUCCUUUGGUUAAUUAAGUCAAAUUUUAUUUUUCUAAUCGUGUUAACAGAUUAGAAUUUACCUAAUUAUUUGAAGGAAAAGAAUCAUUCACAUAAAUGUUUGUAACUAUAGUCUCGGCAAGUCUCUUAAUUUUGAUUGUUGGCUUUACCGCAUAUUAUUUAAAUUAUAUAGGAAAAACCUUUAUUUGUUUAAUAAUGUUGGUAAAUGGAUUUCAUGUGUUGGGAUUGCAUGUGUUUUAUUUUUCAAGUACUUAAUUUUGAUUAAUCCAUUAGAAAAUUCUGACAAAGCUUUGGCUUACUUUUUUAUAAUUCUGAUACUACAAUUCCUUCUCUGUAAUUAACUUUGGGGAGGAGGUUUACUCAAUAAUAUCUUUACAACUUGUUAUGUAAUUUACAAUGGAUAUAAAUUUAUAAGAUAAUUACCAGUCUCACCACCAAAUUAAAAUUAUCUUUUAUAAACAUAUACUUAAUACUUUAAAUAUGCUUUAUUUAAUUCUAUCAAACCAACAACAAUUAGUAAAAGGAUUAUUAAUUUCCUGUAAUUUUUGAUACCUGUAUAUCUUUUCAUUUUCUUAAUUGACUUUUUUUAUUAAUAAUAAAGAAUUACAACCAGGAAAAUUCUCUUAGCUGGUAUUCUUGAUUUGAUGUUACAAUUUUCUGAAGGAAUGAUUAUUACUUUUAAGAAAUAUUAUGUUUUCAAUUUAUCUAGAAAAAUUGACUAAUUACCAUUAUUUAUAUAUCCAUUAUGUUUUCAAAAUAAUCAACAACAAGAAAUUGCAUCUAUUAAUUAUGUUAAUUCACUUUAAAAUGUUGAUAAAGUGUUUAACUAAAAAAUGUUUUUUAGAUUAGAAGGAUGUCAACCACCAACUAUUGGUGAUAUUAUGUAAUCUUAUUAUUAUGAAAAAUUAAAAUAAUAUGUAUAAGAAAUUUAAACUAACUUUUCUUAAAUUUCUAAAUUAUUAAAUGAAAAAAAUAAAGUUAGAACACUCUUUGAAGAUAUAACACUUCCAUUAACUUUUAUAAAAUACUAUUAUUUGACUUAUAGAAUUAAAAGGUAAUAACGAUAACUUAUUAAAUUGUAUUACUUCAUUUUUUAAUCAUUUGAUUCAUUUUAAAUACAAAACCAAUAUGAAGUUGAGUGUUUAAGAUUUAAUGUAUAUAAACUUCUUUUAUUUUUUAGGUAUAAUUAUUAUCCACAAUUCAGUAAAACUAAUUUGAAGAACCUAAAAUCAUGA